AUGCAAGGCGUAAGCGGCGCCGUCUCAGCGCAUCCAACGGCGCUGCCCUGGUCGUGUUGGCCGAGUCGCAACGGGUGCGCAAGACAGCUAUCGAGCGACAGUCGUGGUCAACUCGCCAUGGAUCUCUGGCUGCGUCUCUCCAUUCGACCGUCGGCCACGGAGCAAAUCUGCAUGUGCUGUGAUGCAGCCACCGGAGUGCCGCCAAGCCUCCAGGAUAUCCCUGGCCGAAGUUGCGAAAGUGCAGCUCUGUUGGACGCAAGAACAGGGUCAGCUGGAUUUUGCCCUGGCCGAGGCACAAGAGUCUGCGUGAAGCACGGGACUUGGGGGCUGAGCGAUGCCGUAUUGCAUGCCCAGGUGAGGUCGACGAGGAGGGCGAGGAAUCGACGUUCCGGGUCAGUAGGCGGUCGUCAAUGGAGAGGCAGCGUGUCCACACUCCGGGGGGGGAGGCGUGGGCGUUGGGUGGUUUGCGCCUGCGUUUUCGUUCACAGAGGCUCCUUCCUCUGCCUGUGCGGCAUAUGGAGCAUUGCAGUAGCAGAGGAAGGUACGAAGGUGACAUUACCCUAUGUCGUACCUCCGAGCCCAAGAUGCAACGGGCGGUACAUACCUACCUUGGUAGGUACAGUGCAGUACCUAGGUAGUACUAGAGGUAACCAGGUUACCUGUUACCCGUCACCUCAGCCAUCAAGCACGUUUGAGGCAGGCGCCCUCGCCCGCCGGCUUUUCAGGAAAGUCGAAUCAAAUUUCACCGCUCGACCUCGUCCUGCGCUGCACUCUUGCAUCUUCAUGGCACAGGCCCGCGGCGACGAUGGACGGGCAUGCCUCACAGACCACCCGGCUCUGCACACCUUCUCACCGUCCCAUUGA